GCCAAACAGACGUACAUUGUUUAGCAAGCCCCGGCCCGGUGUUGUGGUUCGAUCGAUCGUUUUUUAUACAUUUCAGUUGCGUGUUCGAAACUCUACUUUUGCUUGUUUUUCAAUGUUGGUUUAAAUGAAAGAUACGUCCGGCUCGUCGAUGGCGUUCUAGAUUCGUUUUUCUCAAUUGUUUUCCAUCCAUUUGUUCAUUGAACUAUUCUUUACCUGCCUUCUUUUUUCGUAAUGUUUAACAAUUAAUACUGUGUUCCUUGGCUAAUUUGCAUAUAAAGAUUGUUAACUUAUUUCUUUGCAUUUUGUUAUUUGUGCUCAAGUGUGGAAAAGAAAUCGCUUACUCUAGCCCGUCGCAGAUAGAUUGGCUUUGAAAAAAAAAAGUGUUUUGAGGAAUUGCCUGGAGCUAUAGGUAAAGCAAAAUAAUAAAACAAGGCUUCCCAUAUCGAUUUAAUUGCUCGCCUCGAAGUCAAUUAGUGGUUCUCAUAAGAUAAGUGGCCGGAUAUAUACAAAUUGUGUGGAAGUUGAAAACUAAGGUACAAAAAGCAUACAUUCUUGUCAUAGCAUGAAGGUGUAGAAGGAAGAAGACGUUCGGCACAAAAAACCAUCGAUCACUGUCAUGGGUAAUUCUAUAUCAAAUGGACGAUCAUACGGCCAUAAUAGUAACUUACAUCGUCAUCAGGAGCAUCAAGGUGUAAACAAAUCAAACGGCAACGGCAAUCAAUCAGGUGGCGGUGGAGGCGCUGGUGGAGGAGGUGGAGAAAGUUCCCGUGUUUUAUUCCUGCUAUAUUUGAUUCAUCGCACGUGGAAUGUGGUCAUUGACACGGUUGAUACGCGCAGUAAAAGGUCACGUGUUAGUGGGCGUUGUUCGACAUCCGAGGAUUCAGGAGCUCCGAGAAGCUAUUUUGAUGGUACAAGUUCACAUGAUGACGAUGAUGAUGACGAGACAUACUUAGAUGGAUACUCAUCGAUGUAUGGAUCACAAUGUACAUUCUGCAGUUGCAGUUAUUGCUUUGAACCAAAACAGAAUGUUUACAAUUCGAUAGAUGGUGGAAAAGAUGGUGGUUGCAGUAGCGCUGGCGGCGGCGGCGGUGGCGGUGGCGGGAGAGAACCAUCAAUUUGUCGAAGAAUGUCAAUGUGCGAAAGUGAUUUAUCAUCGUUCUACGCUGGCUAUCAAAUGGCACCCAGUAUAUGUCAGAACUCGCCUCUGUCCCCUGGUCCGGCUAAUCAGAUCCACCAUCAUCAUCAUCAUCCCCCAUCAGCAUCGUCGACGUCUUCGUAUAAAAUGACAAACUCAUCAGAAAAUAGCUGGCCACAAAAUUUUACCAACAAGGAAAAUCAACGCCCUCCAGUGUACAACCCCGAAGACUACAUUCAAUCAUUGAAGAAAUUUGGUAAACGUCAAACCGGAACAAAUGCCAAAUCCAUUUAUGAUCCCAACGAUGUGGAGAGCCCGAAGGACACAUUUAAAUCAGCAACACUUCCAUCAAAAUAUUCUGAGUACAAAAGUCCAAUUCCAUCUCCACCAGAAACCGAUAGUGAAAUGUCACUUCGGCAAUUUGGCUCAAUCACAGAUCUUCUUACUAAACUUCGAGCAGACCUAAGGGUUUCAUUUCCAAGUUUUGUUCAAGAAUUUGUUGCCACUCCAUUGGACGGUGUUAGCCUUUUGCUAGAAGUGUUGCGAGCUAUUCAAUUAUCACAGACAAUAAAUCCUACAGCUUCAAUGACAGCUUCAGCAUCAUCAUCGAUGCCAAGAAAUGCUCAAUCGUAUCAAAGAAGAGCUCUUCUCGAUGAACUUGCUUGCUUACAAUGCCUCAGUAUAUGUUGCUGUCGAUCUCCAGAAGCCAGUGCAAGACUUGGAACUACACCCGUGGGGCUCUUACCUUUGGCUGCUUCGGCUACUGGGCAGGGUAUCAGAGCGAGAAUAUUUGCCUUGCAGCUAAUGACAGCAGCUUGUGACAAGUGUUCAGUUGGACAUGGUUCUCAUAAGGGCACAUGUGGUGGACAUACUGCCGUCUCGGAGGCACUUUCAACUCUCAGGCUGAGAUGUAGUGAGCCUGUGAGAUUUAGACUUCUCGUAGGAAUGUUGAACAGUGGCGGUGGUAGUGGAGAACUUCAAGCUGUUGGAGUCAAAUUUCUGAACACCUUCCUUGAGAGUGCCGAGAACCUUCAAAACAGACUGUAUCUACAGGCAGAACUCUUCCAAGCUGGCUUCGAGCCCACACAACUCACCAAGUGCAUUGAAUCAUCUUCACCAUGGUUGGAGAAGGUACGAAUUGAAGUACGUCGCUUCGAUGAACUUAAGAUCGAUAUUGAAAAGCUUCAGAAUCAAGCUCGUGAAUCAGAUAGAAUUCGCAGCCAAAUGGUCAUCUUAGAGAGAAGAGUGCAGAUUCUUCAUGAAGAAAAAUCUGUCCUUACCUCGAUGGAACGCCGUCUUCAAGAACGUUGUGCUGAACUACAAAGGGAAGUCUUCCGCCUUCAAGGAGCCCAGAGUGAGCAUUUCAAGUCGAUUGACAAACAACCAGUUGCAUUGCCCCGUCUAGUUCCGCCCAAUGGCAAGCAAGAUUUAUCCGAACAUGAAGACGAAGGUAUAAGCAGUUCUGAAACCGGACCAUCUCUAAGUCCGGUUCCGAUUCUCGUCCUACCACAAAUUAACUCCCAAAAGUUCAGUAUUUUAUUGAAUGAACAAAAAGAUGAAGAUGCUACAAUUGAAGAUGUCAUCGAGGAGCUAAAGAACAUUGUCAGCGAUGCUGAGAAACAAAUCUCAAACCAAGAAGUCACUGUCAUAUCCACAGAGAGUAAGCCCAGAGUUCUAGAGGCCAAGGAAAAAGAGAUUGUUCCCGUCAAUCUUUUGCCACAACCACCACGCAAGUCCCGAUCACUGGCCCACAUCAUGUCGAAUGGAGGAGAAUCAGCUUCAGACUUGGAUGCCUCAGAAUAUGGCCUGCUUCUAAUGCAGAAUCAACAAACUGCCAGCCAAGAACACAACAUGUAUUUUGAGGAGCCCGCCGACUACGAGGGCAAGCCAUAUCACCAUCAGACCGAUCGGAGUCCAACUUCUCCCCGCAUGCACCCAAGUACAAAUCGUGAGAUCCUCGAUGUGAUCAUGAAUGCCCGUCACUCAGACGAUGACCCCACCAUGAAAGCCUUCCGCGAAGGAGGUGGGCGAAAUUCCCACACAUCUCUUCCUGUAGCUGGCCAGACUGAGAUCACUAUCCCUCCACCAGCUCAGCAUUUCAAUGGAGUGUUCUUCAUGACCGGCAUGAAUACCCCGCAAAAAUAUCCCCGACCUGAUGUAACAGCUGCUCUUCAAGCCCGCCGAGUUACGAAAAACCUGGAACGCAUUGAAGGCUCUGGCAAUGAGGUUCUCUGCGAGAAGUCGCGCAGCAAUCAGCAGAUAUUUUUCGGCUCAAGUCCCACUCUGAAGAUAAACACCGGAUUGUCCAUGGGAAAUGUGUCCGUAAUCAAUAAUGUCAACGCACGAACCCGCUCCUACACACAUGGCUCAAAAGUCACAGAUAUCCCAUCGGGACUGUACUGAAUCCCAUCUCAUUAUAAUUCUUAUAUAUUUAUGUAGGUUUAUUAUAUAAAAAAUAUUAUUCUAAUUAGUACCUCGACAUUUGUAAUCAUUAUUUAAGCAUAACAUCCUCUCAUAUCCUUUGUGCAAUAUUUGAAAUAUUUUAACGUUAUAUACUCGUUUAUUCACUUAAAUAAUACAUUUUUUGAAAGCUUUACAAAAUGGUGGUUGGUUUUGAAUACUUACGUUUUUUUACUUUACUUAAUUUUAAUGGGGUGUGAAGCUUUUGCAAAACAAAAAAAUACUUCUAAAACAAAAGAAGAUAGUUUUUGAAAAAGUUUCAAAAUUAAAUUUUAUAUAAUUACAUUAGUAACUAAUGUUUUUUUCAUAAACUUAUAAUAAAUUUAAGAAAAUAUAUUGUAUAAGAACUUUUCGUUUAUACUUUUAUGGAAUAUUUUAUAAAAUAAAUAAAAAGAUACUUUUUUCAUAAUCUUGCA